AUGCCCCGCGAGAUCCUCAUAGGAUUUGGUGUUGAUGUAGAUGCUGUGGCUGGAUGGAUAGGCUCGUACGGUGGUGAGGACUCGCCCUUGGACAUAUCUCGCGGCAUGUAUGCGGGUGAAGUUGGCGUUUGGCGAGUAUUGAAGUUACUUGAUAAAUACAACAUCAAAGCUACUUGGUUUAUCCCAGGUCAUAGCUUGGAAACGUUCCCGAACGAGAUGGCAGCUGUUAGGGACGCAGGUCAUGAAAUCGGACUCCACGGUUAUUCGCAUGAGAAUCCAGAUUCAUUGACGCCAGAGCAACAACUGCCUCCAAAGGGCAAUGUGGCACCGUGGUGGCAAACAAGCAAGGAAGGCGUUGCCCUCCUUCUAGAGAAAGGAAUCGAGUACGAUCAUUCGAACAUGUCUCGCGACUCUCAGGCACACUACCUUCGUGACCAAGAUACGUGGACCAAAAUCGACUACAAGGCGAAGGCGCAUACGUGGAUGAAGCCUCUUCAGAGGGGAAAAGAAACAGGUCUCGUUGAAAUACCUGCUAGCUGGUACCAAGAAGACAUGACACCGAUGAUGCUAGCAGUAAUUCUCAUGGAUGGGCAAGCAAAACAUGGCACAAUUGUCACCCCUCAAGCCAUCGAGCAGCUUUGGAAAGAUACCUUCACGUAUCUUUACAGGGAAGAACAAGAUUUCAUUUUCCCGUUAUCUAUCCAUCCGGAUGUCAGCGGACGUCCGCAAGUAUUACUCAUGCUGGAACGGUUCAUCGAAUGGAUUAAUGCUCAUGACGACGUGAAGUGGGUUACGUUCCAUGAAAUGGCAGAAAGGUUUAGGGCGAAGAAUGAUCCUCCUCCGGGUGCUGUGAUGCCAAAAGGAUAUGUGAAAUGCAAAGCACGGCUGUAG